AUGGGAAACAAUGUGUCAAAAAUUAUAAAACUUCGAAAAAAAAAAAGUCGCCUAAAGCCAUCAUCGAGCAACGCCAGUAGUAGCUUUGACAGCAGUUACUCCAGCAAAACUUCCUUUAGCGAGGAUACAAGUUCUGAUGUUAUUGAAACUUCGUUCGAAGAUCAUAUGUCCGCAAUUUAUAAUGCAUUGUUUGUUAAUCUUUGGGGAGUGGAAUAUUCGGCUCCCGUGGACGACAUUCUAACUACCACAGGAAAAGUUUUAGAAGCAGGGUUGGUAUACCCUAUGCCGGAAUACACGGGCGUAGACCUAAACCCCGUAGCCCCUAAUAAUUAUCCACCCAACGUGAACGUGAUAAAAGGUGAUCUAUUAUCGUUGCCUUAUGACGAGAAUCAAUUUGAUUUCACGAGAAUUUCGACUUUUUCGCCCGAAUUCACCGACAAUGAAUGGGUACAAGGGAUCUCAGAGAUGAUAAGGGUGACCAAAUGUGGAGGUUGGAUAGAGCUCUGGGAGCCCAAAAUACUACUGCCGAAAAAUACUCCCACUUAUUUGAAAUUUGUCGAAAGUCGUAAGCAUUGA